AUGGUCCUUCGGAUCCGCCUCGCCCGCUUCGGCACCAAACGAAAACCAAUCUACAACAUCGUCCUCGCGCAGGCGAAAUCCGGACGCGACAAGAAGCCCAUGGAAGUGCUAGGAACGUACAAUCCGAUGCCGCAAGCGCCAUUGGCCACCCCAGAUACGCCAGAGCUGUUGGAGAGCGGCGAAAAAUACAUGCCCAAGAAAAUGAAAGAUAUAAAAUUGGACACGGCGAGGACGAGGUAUUGGCUUGGUGUUGGCGCGCAGCCGACAGAGCCGGUUGGGAAGUUGCUGAGACUGAUUGGCAUGCUCGAAGAGAAACCCUCCAAGGUCAAGAGAUUCCCUACACAACCAUACAACCCAGAAGCGCAACCACCGUCAGAGACCGAGCCCGAGAAACAACAAAGUUGA